UCGUUCUGCCUAUUCAUGUACCCCUCCCCCCUCCCCCUUGAUCCCAAUUAAGACGGGCCUGUUGAUGGGCAACACCCUGAUCACCUGGGAACGCCUGCCCGAAUCCACCCUGCUGAUGAUUGGUAAGUCGGCGCAGGUUGGUGGACCCGGCGGUGGCGGUUCCCUGGGUCAACCCAGCAUCAUCAAUCCGAACUGGGACUUUGCGCAGAUGGGCAUUGGCGGUCUGGACAAGGAGUUCUCCGCCAUCUUCCGACGCACCUUCGCCUCUCGCAUGUUCCCACCGGAGAUCAGCCAACAGCUGGGUGAGAACUGUCUUCCUCUUCCCCUCUCUGGCCUGAAACACGUGCGAGGCAUCCUGCUGUACGGUCCACCCGGCACCGGUAAGACACUGAUGGCCCGCCAGAUCGGUAAUAUGCUGAAUGCCCGAGAGCCAAAGAUUGUGAAUGGGCCCUCCAUCCUGGACAAGUAUGUGGGCGAGUCGGAGGCCAACAUCCGC